AUGGCUUCAAGGUUACUUUAUGGAGCUGGAGCAUUGGUAGCUCAGGCCUUGAGGGCCUGCUUGAUGGGAUCUGGAGGUGGUGGGCCUACCGAUGAUGGUCAGGAGACAGGGCUAGAGCAGAAGGUCAUGAUGGCUGCUCGGAAAGGCCAGGAUCCAUACAAUAUGCUUGCUCCAAAGGCAGCUAAGGAAUAUCCCAAUUUAAUUCCCUCCAUCACUAAUAAGCGAACAGUACGCUGCAUCUGUGAAGAGGACAACAGUACUGUGAUCUGGUUUUGGCUACACAAAGGUGACGGCCAGCAAUGCCCUAAAUGUGGGAUCCUUUAUAAGCUGGUACCCACCACUUAG